AUGGCGCCCAACACUGCCGGUCACGUGCACGACUGUGUUGUUUGCAUGAAAGACCAGCCUUUGGACUCUUUUCCUGACAUCAGCAAUGACUCCCACCACCAGCAUGGCGCGGAUGUUUGCCGCACUUGUUUCAACAGAUACCUCAUACAACAGAUCGAUGAGGGCCAGGCCCACGCUAAAUGCGCCGAGUGUCAGGAGACUCUGCGCUACCAACAUGUCAAAAUGAUUGUCUCCAAGACAACUCUUAUGAAGUAUGAUAAGGUCCUGCUGAAGAUAUUCGUUGAAGAGGACGAAGACUUCUACUACUGCAUGUCGGCCAAAUGCAAGUCGGGCCAGAUCCACAUAGGCGGCGAAGACAUGCCUAUCUUCUGCUGCAAGAUUUGCCAACACAAGCAAUGCAUGGCAUGCGAGAUCCCAUGGCACGAGGGCGAGACCUGCGACCAAUACCAGGCCCGUCACGACGACGAAAUCAUCCAGACCGAAGCCCUCAUCCGCCAAACAUCCAAGAUCUGCCCCGGAGGCUGUGGUGCUCGAAUUGAGCGCAAUGGAGGAUGCCCUCACAUGCUUUGCGGAAGAUGCUCACACGAAUUCUGCUGGCUCUGCCUAGGCGACUGGGCUCCCCAUCAGGCACAGGGAACAUGCAUCAACCCCGUCCCUGCCGUCCCCGAAGUCGACUUUUACUCCGCCGAGAUUCAGGCACGUCAGAAUGAGCGUCAAGCUCGCCAAAAUGUCCGCGACUACGACGACGAACAGUCCGAGGCCACCAUCGCAUCCAUCACAAAACCCUGCCCCAAGUGCAAGGUCCGCAUCGAAAUCGACGGCGGCUGCGACCACAUGACUUGCGCCCAAUGUUCGUACGAGUUCUGCUUUGAAUGCCUCGCCGACUACAAGAAGAUCCUAAAGCAUGACAAUCGCAGACACAAGCGUGCUUGCGUUUAUUACGUCGGCCAAGCACACGGCCGUGUCAUGCCGCUCAAGACCGACGUCGACGACGGCGACGACGACGACGACUUUCUCUCGUCGAUCGCCUCGACGAAGCCCCGCGCCACUGUUCGCAAGUCGACAGUGAAGAACAAGAAGCCCGUCGGCGUCACAAAGAAGAAGGUCGUCGUCACAUCGCCCGUUGUUCGUCGUGGCACUCGCGCUGGUUUGCGCAGCUCGACGGCUGCA